AUGCCUAAGCCAAAUUUUGUUGUUAAGGAACUUCGAUUCCGUCAGUUGAAAAGAAUAGACAUUCCCGUGUCCAAAAAUGAUAUUUCCGGGUCUGAACUAUGUGUCAAUUCCUUUUCGGAUAUUGAGGAGUUUACACGUUGUUAUGAUACGAUUUUGUUAAAUCUUCUUGAUAAACACGCUCCUAUUAAGACGAAAAAGAUGGUUAUGAGACCUGUUGUAUCUUGGUUCACUGAUGAUCUUAAAAAGCUUAAAGCUGAACGACGAAAAUGCGAAAGAAAAAUGCUUCAAUCUGGUUGUUCCCAUGAUAAAGAGCUUUAUUAUAAGACUAGAGAUAAAUACAGUGCCCUUCUUCGUAAAACAAAGACUAGCUAUUAUUCUGAUUGA